CUCCUAGCUGGCAGUAGAAUUAGCAUCAGGGAGUGCUUGCCAAAUGCAUAAGGGUCCCCCACCCCAGGUCCAAGUCCGGGCAAGAUGGGCAAAUACAGGAUUCGCGUCGCCACCGGAGACUCGCUCUUGGCGGUCUCCAGUAACCUGGUGCAGCUGUGGCUGGUGGGCGAGCAUGGGGAGAAGGACCUGGGGAAGAUACUGCGGCCGAUACGGAUCAGGGAGGUGCAGCUCGAGGUCGAAGUCUCCCUAUACCUGGGGCGCCUCCUGCUGGUGAAGCUGCGCAAGCACAAAAGCCUGGUGGGUUUCGACUGGUUCUGCAAGUGGAUCGCGGUCCAGGGGCCCGGCACCCAAGGCGAGGCCUUUUUCCCCUGCUACCGCUGGGUGCAGGGCAACGAGAUCAUCUGCUUGCCCGAGGGCACCGCCCGGACCGUGAGGGAUGAUCCCCAGAACCAGUUUAAGAAACAUCGGGAGCAAGAGCUUGAGGAAAGAAGGAAGGUGUACCGAUGGGGUUUCUGGAAAGAGGGAUUAAUCCUGCCUAUAGCAGGGAAUACACAAUGGGAUCUUCCCAGAAACGAGAGAUUUCGUGAAGAUAAGGAUUUAGACUUCAGUCUUUCUCUAGCAAAAGUGUUGAAGGACUUGGCCUUAAAGGGGACAUUAGAUCUCACAAAUUCUGUAAGAAGACUGGAAGACUUCAAUGAAGUAUUCCCGAGAGGAAAAACUCCUCUGGCUGAGCGGGUCCGCAAUUCCUGGAAGGAUGAUGCCCUAUUUGGGUACCAGUUCCUCAAUGGAGCAAACCCCAUGCUCCUGAGACGCUCCACGAGUCUCCCGUCACGGUUGGUGCUGCCUCCGGAAAUGGAAGACUUGAAGACACAGCUGGAGAAAGAACUCCAGACUGGAUCUCUGUUUGAAGCUGACUUCUCCCUGCUGGAUGGGGUCAAGCCUAAUGUCAUCAUUUUUAAGCAACAGUAUGUAGCAGCCCCUCUGGUCAUGCUGAAGCUCCAGCCUGAUGGAAGACUCUUACCUAUGGUCAUCCAGCUCCAGCCACCUCGGAAUGGAUGCCCCCCACCUGUGUUGUUCCUGCCUUCGGAUCCCCCCAUGGCCUGGCUCCUUGCCAAGACCUGGGUCCGGAGCUCUGAUUUCCAGCUGCACCAGCUGCAGUCACACCUGCUGAGGGGCCACCUGAUAGCUGAGGUUAUUUCUGUGGCCACCAUGAGGAGCCUGCCCAGCCUGCAUCCUAUCUACAAGCUCCUGAUUCCACACUUUCGCUACACCAUGGAGAUCAACGUGCUGGCCCGGAGUAACCUUGUCUCUAAAUGGGGAAUUUUUGAUCUGGUGGUGAGCACUGGGAGUGGCGGCCAUGUAGACAUUCUCCAGAGAGCCACAGCUGGUCUGACCUAUCGCUCCUUCUGCCCUCCUGAUGACCUGGCAGACCGUGGGCUCCUGGAUGUGAAGUCUUCUCUCUAUGGCCAAGAUGCGCUCAGGCUCUGGGGAGUCAUCAGCCGGUAUGUAGAGAAGAUGGUCAGUCUUUUCUACAAGAGUGAUGGAGCUGUGAAGGAUGAUCCAGAACUGCAGGCCUGGUGUAGAGAGAUCACUGAAACUGGACUGCAGGGGGCCCAGGACCGGGGGUUCCCCAUCUCCUUAGAGUCCCGAACUCAGCUCUGCCACUUCAUCACCAUGUGCAUUUUCACGUGCACUGGUCAGCAUGCUUCCACCCACCAGGGCCAGCUGGACUGGUACUCCUGGAUCCCGAAUGGUCCAUGCACCAUGCAGAAGCCCCCGCCCAUUUCCAAGGAUGUGACAGAGAAGGAUAUAGUAGACUCACUGCCCAGUCUGCACCAGGCCCGAACACAGAAAACCUUCAUAAAAUUCCUUGGCCGACGCCAGCCUGUCAUGGUGGCCUUGGGGCAGCACAAAGAAAGCUAUUUCUCUGACCCUGGGCCUCAAGCUGUGCUGAAGCAAUUCCAGGAGGAGCUGGCUGCCCUGGACAAGGAGAUUGAGGUCCGGAAUGCAGGCCUGGACCUGCCCUAUGAGUAUCUUCGACCCAGCAUGGUAGAGAACAGUGUGACCAUCUGAUGCCUUGCACACAUCAUUCCCAAACUCUGCCCUCCUUAAGUACCCUUUGAGUACCCCACCCUCCUUGGCCACAGCCUCUGGUGAACAGAUUGUCCCCUAAUCGGUGGUCAGUGCUCAGGGAUGCUGCAUCACCCAACUCUAGGGAAUACAUAAUGAAUCGUUCCCACUGAAUUUUGGAACCCAUCCCUACCCACAGCUGCCCUACCUUAAUGUCCACCUAGCCCUACACUUCUUUGUCCUUUGUUCCCGU